GAGUCGAGUUAUCGAUUUGACCCUAUCCCCUCCACUCCCCCCUCCAGCGAGGCUUAGACGCAAGCGAGGGACGAAGUAGAUUGGAACGAUGUCAGAUCAUGACGAUACCUUGUUGGACGAAGAUCUUGGAGACGAAGAGUACGACUUGGGUAACGACGAGGAAGAAGCGCUUUUAGCCGAUGACUAUGAAUUCGAGAGGUUACCCCAGCAGCCGUCUAUAAAUAAAGGAGAAGAAGAAACAGAUGAUGUACUGGACCUGGGAGUUACCGAUGCACUUGAUGAUUUGGAAGCAGAAGAAGAAAAUGUACAGUCCAAGAGCAAAAAUGACAGGCCUCAGGAAGUUGAGUUGCACCCAAAGGAAUAUAAAGAGAGUGUAUCUGCACAUGAACAAACAAAACAAGUUGUUACUCACGAGAGUCAAGAUCAUCAUUCAGAACACCAUUCAGAAGAAGAGCCUGAUAUACCUGUUACUCGACCAAAAGUUGAUUUACGGGAAAAACUCAGGGAGAAGUCAAAUAGCCACCGAGACUCUUUUGUUAGAAAUGGCCAAGGAAUGGAAGAUGAUGAUUGUGAAGAAGCCAAGGAACGAAGAAACCGAUUUCAGAGCGAGAGAGUCAUGAUUCCACCAAAAAUGAAUCAUGAUAUACCAGAUUCUCUUGAAAAUGUUGUAACAGCGGAACAGCAUAGAACUCAUUAUAGAGGUCGUGAUAGAAGUGAAAGAGGGGACAGAAGUGAUCGAUGUGAUAGAGAAAGGAGUGAUAGAGGUGAUAGAGACCGAAGUGAAAGAGGAGAUCGAGGUGAUAGAGGCGAUAGAGGUGAUAGAGGUGACCGAAGUGAGAGAGGUGAUAGAAGAAAUCUCAGAGGCAGAAACGGUGGAAGAUAUGAUUCACAUCAAUCUGGAAGAUAUCAUCAUGGACAUCCUUCUUCAUCAUCAAAUCAGCAGUCACCAUUCAGAGCACCCCUACUGGAAAACCGGCCCUCAUUUCAACCAGGACCAUCUAAUAAUGUACCAAUUCAACAACAUCAUCAAAUGUAUCAGCACCACAAUACUCAAGUUCAACCUCAAUAUCACCAUCCUAUGCCAAAUGGUCCUAUGCCAGGACAUCCUCACUUUGCUGAUCCUCGGCUACCUAUGCUACCUAACCAGUUUCAAGAGCCAAUGAGACCACAGGGUCCAAGGAUGAAUCCUCCUAGAGUAGAUUAUGGGCCACGAGGUCCACCGACUGGACCUCCAGGUCACCCAGGGGCUCCAGCUCACCCUCCUGGCCCUCCAGGUAUACCUGGUCAUCCACCAGGUCAUCCAGGUCCAUCAGGACAUCCUCCUGGUAUGCCUGGCCCACCUAAUCUAUCGGGUCCACCUGGUCCUGGCCCUGCCUAUAACUGCCCGCCUAAUCAGCCUCCAUUUGGACCAAACCAAGGAAUGUUUCCGAACCACGUGAUGCAUAUGCCUGAAAGAGGGCCGCAUCCAGGCAACCAGGGCCCACCACUACCAAUGAUAUCUGGUCAAGGAGGAAAUCAAGGUCCCAUGAUACCUGUUAGUCAAGGAAUGCCUCCAACUCCAGGCUUUGGACGACCUCCAGCUCCCAGUCAACCCGCACCUCAUCAAAAUCAUCCGAACGCUACUCCUAGUCAACAGGUAUACGAAAAUAGGAUACCAUUUCCGGAUCCGCAAUUUGAAGGACAUCCUCCGUUUGAUGCUAGAAAUUCAUACAACAAUCCACCAGUUAGUCAAUUUAACAAUAAUGUACCUCAGAUCACACGACCCCUCACGCAGACUACGUCGCAGCAGAUUCUUAUUACGAAUGUUCCGGGUGUUCCAAGCAUCCCUAAUGUUCCAGCUCUACCAACCGGACAUAAAAUAUUGAUCAAUCCUCAUUUUAGAGGGAACCAGUCAAAAUCCGAAGCAAAAACCUCUCAAGAUCCAGCGGACAAAUUUGUUGAAGCAUUGAGAAAUGCUACAAGUGCUUCUUCUCGCGAAAGUCGCUCCAAUAAUCAGCAAGCAAAGAGCGAUGAUCCAUAUUCGUACUUUUCUGAUGUUUGGCAAGAAACUAAAACACAGAGAUCUCAAAAUUCAAAUUCUCGCAGAUCAUACUCUCCAGAUAAUAGUUAUUCUAAAGAUAGUAAAUAUAACAGUUACGACAAUAAAUAUAAAUCAGACAGUCAGUGGUCCCAUAGGGAAAGUCAUUCAGAGGAUCACCGAAAUUCCCGUGAUUCAUAUCGGGAAAGAGAUUCAUCUCCGAGGUUGCGAAAUGAACAAAAGAAUUAUGCUUCUUCACCAAAUCAUGGUCAUCGAAAUGAAAAUCAUGACCAUGGUACAUCAAAAUUGGGCUCUCAAAAGGCAGAAAAUUCUAAAUGUGUCAGCUCACCAAGUCGAGAAUCACAUGGAAUAUUGCAAAAAAGGCGAGUUGAUGAGGUCAUAGAGAGGAGUACAAAAGAAUGUAGUCCAAAGCGACUAAGGCCAAGUGUAAAGCAUAUUCAAAGUGUUGAAAAACCAGUUGAAAAACCUGCAAAAAAGGAAGAAGAUAUAGAUCCAGAAAUGAGAGAAUAUAGAAAGAAGAUGGAGGAACAAAAACGGCUUCGAGAAAAGAUCCUCAGGGAAAAGGAAAAUCGUCGAAAAUUGGCUGCAAUGGAGAAACAAAAUUUACAAACUCCAGUUGAUAGUAGUGCAGAAAAUCCAAAGCAGGAAACGCCACUUGCUACGAUUGUAAAGGAAAAUACUAAAGGGAAAAUUAGUCUUGCAAGUGUUAGAGGACGUGGCAGACUAAUAAAUAUGCAGUCUACAGAGGAAAAAGUACCUGCUGUGCGGGUGGUCAGAGCAUUGCCAGCUAAACAGCCAAAACUCAUCGACGACGAUGAUGACGAUGAUGGAGGCAAGAGGGAACUUUUAUCGCGAAUUGUUCUGAAUAAAACGAAAAACGCUCAGAAGUCUGUGCUUCAAAAAAGUAGCAGCGCACAAAAUUCUCAGAAAGCUUCAAUGGUUCAGGCAGCAACUGCCAAUCGUCAACUCGGUCAAAUAAGACAGUUACUUACUAAUUCCCAGAGAAUCGUCGUUCAAAGCACGCAACAACAUAAGCAGAUUGGUUCCCAAGAACAACAGCAGCAACAGCAAUGUCAGAGGAUCGUAGUACACAAGGUACCAGUGCAAGAAGUCAAGAAGAUUGUUAAAUCUAACAUCGUCAAAGUCGAUAAUCUGGCCGCCAGUACCACUGAAGCGCAGAUACGUCGUAUGUGCCAAGGAAUCGGCAGUAUCGAGAGUAUAAAAAUGGGCGAUGGUAAUGCCACGAUCGUCUUUAAGACACAGUCCGCUGCGAUGGUCUUUCACAAAAAGUAUCAGCGUAAAAUGCUGGAUCUAUCGCUCAUCAAAGUUCAGCUGGUACCUCAAACUGCAGCUGCCAAAGUAUCAACGGCGCUUGUCAAGAAUAUAACAAAGGAUUAAAAAAAAAUUGAGCCCCAAAUGUAAUGUGAAAAACAUUAGUGGUGAAUGAGCUGACAAAUAAAGUGUAAUUAGUUCUGUUAAGGAUAAACACAAUUUCCUUAAAAUAUAUUUAAGUAUGUUUGUAUAUAUUAUUACAUAACAAUUGCUAUUAUUAAUUUAAGCAUGUGCUAAAAAGGCACUAGUAAUACUUUUUUCGUUCAAGAGAAAAUACGUAAAAUAAAUAAUUAUAUAUAUAUAUAUUGUAAUGAUCUGUAAAAUAAAAAACAAAACGAGCUGUAACGCGGCUGUUGUAAAAAUUCACAAAUUAUGGCAUGUGCAAUUUUCAUAUGCCUUAUAAACCUAGCAUAGGAUUCUUUCAUACAUGAAUGCAACUGUAUGUGAAUUAUUGUAAUACAAUGUACAUUCUUUUUUUAUAAUUUAUCAUUUUAUUUUAAAAAAUGACUAUAAUAAAAAAUUAACUGAGAAUAUA